AUGUAUCUUUGCGAUCAAUUGUCAGAGCUACAGAUUCGCUUGAAGAGCUUAAAUUAUUCUGUCGAGAACGAGAUAGAGAUUAAAGAAGAAUUCAAAUCUAUCAUCAAGAAACAUAUCAGAUUAAUGGGAUAUGCAAACGCUUUGGCUCGAAACCUCAAAGAAUAUUUUCUGAUUCAAAAUCUAGCAGUCACCGCUGAAUUAUGUCUAAACGCAUUAAUGGCUUCUAUGAGUACAGGUAUAGCUUUAGCAGCUUAUGAAUCUAGCUGGAUAUCCUGGCCAUUGGAUAUGCAAAAGGAUCUUCUGCUGGUAAUAACAGCAGCCCAAAGAAGUUUCAAGCUAACUGCUGGAGGUAUAGCGUACAUGUCAAUGCCGACAUUUGCGCAGGCUCUUUACAAUGGAUAUUCCGUAUUUGCUGUUUUAAGGGAUGUUAUCAAUUGA